AUGCAGACGGAGCUGGGCGACGACGCGCAUCACGAUCCCGCCACCUUCUCCGCCUGGCUGCAAGGCGUGCGCCGCAGCACGGCGUCACUGGCAGACAUGCUGGACUCGCUGAUGGACCUCGGCCGGCUCGACGGCGGUCACUACACCCCCUUGCUCGGCAACAUCUCUCUGCCUGAGCUGAUGCAGGACCUCACGCUGCAUUUCUCCGGGCUCGCACGGCGCAAGGGCCUCGCCCUGGAAGUCGCGCCGGCGGACGGCCAUGUCGUGUCCGACCAUCAUCUGCUGCGCCGCAUCGUCUUCAAUUUGGUCUCCAACGCGAUCAAGUACACCGAUGCAGGCGUCGUGCAAGUGACGACCCAGCGAUGCGAUGAGCUUGUGACGCUGACCGUCCGCGACACCGGACCGGGCAUCCCGCCUGACAAGAUCGACGAUGUCUUCCGCGACUAUGUACGGCUGAACCCGGCCAAGGCCGCUGAAGGGCUGGGCAUCGGCCUGUCCAUCGUCCGGCGCGGUGCCGAACUGCUGGGCCAUGGUCUGACCAUGACCUCGCCUCCGGGCGGCGGGACGCUGGUAACGCUCACCCUGCCCUGGACCGACGCUGCCGACACCCCCGAGGAACCCGCCCAGGCGCCUGGUGCGGCUGCGGCCCGACCGGGCUUGUUGGCGCUGAUGGAAGAUGACGUCGAAGUUCGCGAUGCCAUGGCGGCGCUGCUGCGCCGCUGGGGCCAUGACGUCUGCGCCGGAACGGACGCCCAGGACCUCGCCAACCAGCUUCAAGCCCGUCAGCAGUUGCCCGACCUGGUCAUCACCGACUUCCAUCUGGCCAACACCAACGGGCUGGACGAAGUCGACCGGCUUCGCCACGUGCUGGCAUCGCCCGACCUGCCGGCCCUGCUCGUGACCGGCAACCUGGACAGCGGCCUGGCCGCGCGUGCCGCCAGUGCCGGCGUGGUCGUCGCCCACAAGCCGCUCGUCCCCGGCAAGCUGGCCACGCUCGUGCGCCGCCUGUGCAAGCCGACGUCCGCGGAGGCUGCCGCGACUGCGGCGUGA